GAGAAAUAGUAAAUACAAAUUUAUUUUGGGAAUUAAAUUUUUCUUUUAUUUUGUGAAUUAAAGUGAUAUUGUAACUGCAUUUCUUAAAUAAAAUUAUAUAAUUAAAUCUAACGUAUCAAUUUAAUCAAUCAAUUUAUUAAUAAAUGUAAAAAAAUUUUAAUAGUAUGUAUAAACAAAUGUUCCAAUCUUAAUACAAAACAAUUUCCAUUGGCUGAUUAUAAAGAUCAGUCAAAAAAUGGAAACAGAAAGAUGCAAAAUCUCAUUGAAUAGUCCAGAAAGCAUAUAUUUUGCCGGACAGCAAAUCAAAGGACAAGUCAGUUUAACAUUAAUAAAAAGGACUAAAAUUCGUGGUAUAAAAUUUCGCAUUACAGGAAAAGGAAAAUGCAACUGGGUGGAAUUUCUGCGGCGCGAUUCUCAAGUUCUUGCGUCUCCCAGCGCAAAGCCCAAUCCACGCUCAAUUAUAUAUACAGCUAAGGAAACUUAUAUUUUAGAAGAGUUAUAUAUAUUUGGAUCAAACAAUGGAAGACCAAUUGAAUUAGAGCCAGGAGAGCAUACAUAUGAAUUAACUUAUGAAUUGGAUAAAAAUCUUCCCUCUAGUUUUUCGGGAAGUCAUGGUUCAAUAAAAUACAAGACGAAGUUUAUUAUUGAAAAACCAUGGACUUUAAAUGAAAAGUAUACUGUUCCAAUUACUAUAGUCAAGUCAUUUCCAAUGCCUCCAGCAAUAUUGAACACUUCCAGUCUUGACAGAUUUUAUCAAGUAACCAGGAACGUAGGAGUAUUUGGGGGAGGACCUAUAUCUUUAGCAGCAGAACUGCCCAAAAGUUAUGUUGUUCGUGGUGGAAAAUUGAAAUUAAAAGUUACUGUAGAAAAUAAAAGCGGCACACAUGUUGAUCGCUUAAAAUUUUCGAUCAAGCAAAUUGUUACUUAUUAUAGUGAGCAACCUUUAUGUUUGAAAAAAGACCAAAUCACAAAGUUGUUCAAGAAGGAAACUGGCGGUAUUCAAAAGAAAUCUACUAGAGAAUAUGAACAUGAAUUACAAGUUCCAUCAUGUCAGCCAAGUGACGUUGAUUUCAGUAAAAUUAUUCACGUUAAAUAUGAAGUUCAAGUUGAGGCGAUUCUUCCUGGUUUGCACAAAAAUAUUUCAGUGUCUCUACCAUUUUUUGUCUGUUCUGCUGAAUAUAAUCCUGUCGUAACCGGUGGAAUAGGAUGGUUCGCCUAUCCAAAUCCUAAUGUAUCAAUAUAUUCAGAACAAUCUUUAGCUGGUAGUCCAUCUCACUCAAUGUAUAGUGAUAAUCAAUCGAUAUAUUCUGCAAAUUAUGACUCCUCGAUUAGUGAUGAUUCAGUAAGACUGAGUAUAAGUACUUCAACAAGGCGGAGUUUUCGCAAUUCGAUUGGGUUCGAUAUACAACAAAGACAUUCAUCUUCUGAUGAGAGCACAACCGGAACAUUAAAUCAUCAAAGAAAUCAUAGUAUAUCAAAUUCGAAUCCUUCUAGUUACCACCAGUAUUGUCCUGAACUGCCUCCAUCCUAUGAAGAACUUUUUGGCAGUCCAUCUAUGUCUACUUCAGCAGAGCCGUCAGCCCCACCUCUAUCUUCUUCAUCUCCAACUGGAGCGAAAUAAUAUUUUUAUAAAUAUUAAAAUAUUAGCAUAAAUAUUUAUAUAAUUGCUUAUACAACCAUUUUUAAUUUACACUUAACUAAACUAAAUCAUGACAAGUAAUUUUAAUAUAAUAUUAAUAUGUAGUAUAUUAAAGCAAUAUAUAAAAAACUAUUUAAAGAAACACAAAUUACUAUAGCAUUAAAGGAAAUUAUCUAUGUAGCUAGAAUGAAAUUAUUGUUAACGUUACGCAUAAAUCAGUUUAAAAGAAUUGAUAACACAAAGAAAUUGUUAAUGCAAAGAAUUUAAAAAUAUUUUAUGUACAUAAUCCACAUUUAAAUUAAUUCUAUAGAAGAGAAUUUAGUUUGAGAUUUUUUUAUUUUUGCUUUA